AUGUUCAUGAUCAAACUCACUCUAAUUUUCAAUGCUAUUAUUCUAGGCUGCAGCUCCAACUAUGAUCAAAAUAUAUUUACACUUGGAAACUAUAAACUUGGUCAGGAAUCAUUUGUAGAGAUCUCGUUUGAGGCUAAUCAGACAUACAAAAGGGGCGAGAAGAUCUUAAAAUUAUUGAAUGGAUACUUGAUAAUGAUGAAACAUCAAAUGAGAGUGCUUCCUAUAAUUUUAAAUGUUGAAAAUCGCAGAAUCCAACUAGUUAUUUACCCGAAACAGAGAUUUCUUACAUCAUAUAUUUUUGGGUUCUCAGAAGUUAACCUUUUUGUUAGAGAAGACUUGGCUAUUGAUUAUCAAUUAGCUGAUUUGAAAGUUAUUUACUUUCCAAGUACUUUAUGCGAUAAGUCAGCAGUGCUUACCCUAACUUUUUAAUAUGAAGGAGAAUAAUCACUAGCUAGUUGGCAAGGCUAAUGCUACUUGUUCUUUGGGGAUAUAUAAACCCAAGUUUCAUGCUAAAAUAAUCCAAUUAAACGAUAACUGGUAGUUUACCCCAAAGGUUUUGACACAAUUAUUCCAUUGACUAAUAUAACUAUAGAGAUAAGUUCCUUUCCAAUUUUUAACAUUCCCAAAAAUGUUUCACUGUAGAGAGGCAUAGCUGACGGAUCAAUAUGCUCAUAUACUAUUCCAGUUAGCCCUAUUCGUCAAUAAGAAUUAACAAAAAAAUAUUACAUUCAAACCACCUAUGUGAAUAACUCAACAACAAUUUAUAAAUAUUAAGAUAUCUAAUUGACGCAAGACCUCUACAAAGUCAUUAUUACUCUCUUGGCGAUUUUAAUUCUUGUUGUUUCUAUUCUGAUGAUUUUAUAUCUGAGAAAAAAAUAUCACUGGAAUUUACCACAAAGAUACAGAAUAUACUUAAAUUUUGUUGCUAAAUGCAUGAAAUGCUGGUAAAAUUAUAAAGAAAAAAACAAAUUAAGUGCGUUGAAAAAUGAUGAAAAAUUAAAAGAUGCGGAAUAAGUUGGAAAUUCAUUGGAUUAAUCAAAUCUAAACAUUGACUGA